AUGGAGGGGGGCAAGGAGGAGGACGAGGAGGAGGCCGAGGAGGGGGCGGCAGGAGAUGAGCGGGUGGUGUGGUUGCGUGGACCGUCGCAACUCCCGCGACGUCCGAUACCUCUAGCGAGACGCCCGAUGAUUCAGCCACUAGAGCCUAAGGGGUGGUUUUUUGUGCAGCCUGGUGAGCACAAACGGAAGCCCAAUGGUAUCUUGGGUCUUUUGUGCCGGCUGCACUUCCCCGGGCUCGUGAUGCAUGCCGGGGUGCUGGAGCCGGCAUACACGUGGGACCACUACAUGGCCAGCCCGGAAGCUACUGAACGCGAAGGAAGGAACUUCACCACCAAAGCGAGGCGGGUGGUCGGGGAGUUGUGGAAUUUCUACAGGUGCGAGGAAGGCUAUGAGGCCCGGGCGAACGAGCUGGCUCACCAGGCUUGCUACAUCAUCAAGGGAGCCUUAGCCUCGGCGAGUACAAGAAUACUUGGUCGGAGUCUCAUCCAGGCCAGUCUUGCAACGACUUCACGGCGUACGCCAUGUCUCACAUGA